AUGGAGAAGCUUUAUAACAAAAACGAGCAGCAAUAUCACGAGAUUCCAACUCUCCAGGAGUAUGGUUCAGAUUUGACCAAAAUGGCCCACGAGGGUAAGCUGGAGCCAUUAAUUGGAAGAAAAAAGGAAGUGGAAAGUGUGGUGCAGAUACUAUGUAAGAGAAGGAAAAAUAACCCUUGCCUUAUUGGUGACCCUGGUGUUGGGAAGACUGUAAUUGUAGAAGGACUGGCUCAGGCCAUUGUUAAUGCUCAAGUCCCAAAUAAACUUCAGGGCAAUAAGGUAUUUUCAUUGGAGAUGGGUAGACUUGUUGCGGGUACUACUAAUCGUGGCGAUUGUGAGGAGAGGUUGAUGAAGAUUGUUCAAGAAAUUGAAAAUAGUAAAGGGACAGUAAUCCUCUUCAUUGAUGAACUUCACACUCUUAUUGGAGCUGGAAGAGGAGGAGGAGGGGCUCUUGAUGCUGCUAACAUCUUGAAACCUGCUCUUGCAAGAGGUGUCCUUAAGUGUGUUGGUGCUACUACUCGGGAUGAAUACAAGAAGUAUAUUGAGAAAGACUCAGCUUUAAAAAGAAGAUUUCAAGCAGUUGAAGUUCCUGAACCAUCAGUUGAUGAUACGAUCCAAAUAUUGAAAGGUUUACUGAAGAAAUAUGAGAGCUUUCAUAACGUUGAGUAUUCGAAAAAGGCUAUUACUGCUGCUGCUCGUUUGUCAAACCAGUACAUCAGGGGUCGGUUUCUCCCUGAUAAAGCAAUAGACUUGAUUGACCAAGCUGGUUCCCGAGCUCAACUUCACAAAACAGAAGUAACUACCAAUGGUCAAGUGAUGGUUACAGAGGCAGAUAUUCAACACUUGAUUUCAUCCUGGACAGGAAUUCCAUUGGAGAAUCUAUCACCCUCAGAAUCAAACAAGUUGCUCAACAUGGAGAAAACACUACACAAACGAAUUAUAGGACAGGAUGAAGCUGUUGACGCCAUUAGCCGUGCCAUUCGUCGAGCUCGAGCUGGAAUAAGAGACCCCAGCCGGCCAAUGGCAAGCUUCUUAUUCACAGGUCCAACCGGGGUUGGCAAAACUGAGUUGGCCAAUGCAUUGGCUGUUGAGUAUUUUGGCUCCAAAGAGUCCAUUAUAAGGCUUGACAUGAGUGAGUACAUGUCAAAGCAUAAUUAUACAAGAUUUAUUGGAUCACCUCCUGGCUAUUUAGGCCAUGAUGAAGGUGGACAGCUGACAGAAGCUGUUCUGCGCAGGCCACACUCUCUGAUCCUCUUUGAUGAGAUCGAAAAGGCUCACCCAGACAUUUUUAAUACUCUUCUUCAGAUUUUGGAAGAUGGCAGGCUCACAGAUGGUAAAGGUCAAACUGUGGAUUUUAAAAAUACCUUUAUCAUAAUGACCUCAAACAUUGGCAACGAUGUGAUUGUUAAAGGGGACCAGUUUGAUUUUGGACAAGUGAAGGUGGCAGUUGCAAAGGAACUUAGGGAAAAAUUCAGGCUUGAGUUCUUGAACAGGCUUGAUGAUGUGGUGGUAUUUAAGCAACUUGAUGAUGUUCAGCUGAAACAGAUAAUGGAUAUUAUGCUGAAAGAUGUUAUUGAAAGACUUGAAAGAAAGAACAUUUUCUUGGAGGUAACAUCUGAGUUCAAAGAGAAGUUGGCGAAAGAGGGGACUGCUCCAACCUAUGGAGCAAGGCCAUUGAAAAGAGCAAUUGUGAGUCUCUUAGAAGAUUGUUUGGCUGAGAGGAUUCUGAGAGGAGACAUUAAAGAAGGGGACUCAGUAACUGUGAGUGUUGAUGAGGAGGGAAAUAUAGUAGCAACUUAA